GAAGAUGAAACAGAAAGUGACGGACCGAAUAAGAAGGAACAUGCCUCCAGCUCCAGCGGUGGCGACGCGGACACUGGCCUACGCUUCUCGCCAUCGCGCGCCUCCUCCUCCUCCGAAGCUCCUCGCCGCCGCCGUAGCCGUCGGAGCUCGUCCUCGUAAGCGUUCGCCGGGUCGCUUCGCCGCCGCUCCCCUCGCGCUCGUCGGCCGGCCUUCCUCCUCCUCCUCUCGUCUCUUCGCCGGGAGCUCUCUCUUGUCGCAGAUGGAGGGAAUGAACUGAAUCGGUGGGAAAGGUCUGUAUGGCGAUGAUGUCUGCAGUAGCGAGUUCAGGUUUUGUGACAUCUUGCCAUCUUGUCUGGGAAUACUGUAGUAUACAAUUUGUACUGAUAGUUAUCACUGCAGCGUGCUGUGCAUCGUUGUUUAAUGAUGACAUCCAUUGUUGUGCGUGCGGUGGGCCUCUGUUAACAGAAAUUCAAAAGCGAUAUUGGACUGGACGGGGCAUCAAUAGUAACAAAGGACUGGUGGAGCAAUUACAAAAUUAUGGAAUUAUGAGGUCCAAGAAAGUAGCCGAAGUGAUGGACAAACUUGACAGGGGCUUGUUUGUCCCAGAGGGUACCCCUGCUUAUGUCGAUAGCCCCAUGCCUAUUGGUUACAAUGCUACUAUUUCUGCCCCUCAUAUGCAUGCGACAUGCCUCGAGUUACUGGAGAAUAACUUGCAACCUGGCAUGCAUGCAUUAGACAUUGGAUCAGGAACAGGAUAUUUAACAGCAUGCUUUGCCAUGAUGGUCGGGCCGCAAGGUUGUGCAGUAGGUGUUGAGCAUAUUCCUGAGUUAGUUGCUGAUUCAGUGAAGAAUGUUCAGAGAAGUGCAGCAGCUCCCUUUCUAAAAGAAGGAGCCCUUUCACUCCAUGUGGGUGAUGGAAGACUAGGAUGGCCUGAGCACGCACCCUACGAUGCUAUCCAUGUCGGGGCAGCUGCCCCAGAGAUACCCAAAGCACUAGUGGACCAGCUGAAGCCGGGAGGGAGGAUGGUGAUUCCAGUUGGGAAUAUAUUUCAGGAUCUGAAAGUGGUGGAUAAGAACUCUGAUGGUUCCAUCAGUGUUCAUGACGAGACUUCUGUGCGAUACGUCCCUCUCACCAGUCGAGAUGCGCAGCUAAAGGGGUUUUAAAGGUUGGAUACUUCCCAGAUAUUUUAAACGAUCGGAAUUUGUAAGCAUGCGUUGUGUCCGGUCCCAUACAGUUGCAAUUUCUCCUUAGCACUUAUAUGUACAGAUGAAGUUAGAGAAGAUGGUAGACGACACCAGGGGUAGAGUAGACGAUAAGUCUUUGUAUAAGCUACCCUUUUGUAAGGUUGUUACGAGCUGUAAGAAUUCACGAAGCAUAUGGUAAUGAUGUCCGGCAUACUUUGUUCCUCCGA